AUGGCACUGGAAAAGUCACGGGGCGAGCUAUCUGAGACGGCGUCAUCGGACCGGUCGCGGCAGCACUCCGAUGACGUGGAGGCCGGCCGUGGGAGCGAGGAGGACAAGAUUGGGUCCGUUCCCAAGACGGCGCCGGCGCCGGCCGGUGUCGACGCGUACCGGUGCGCCUCCCACGUCUCCGGGCCCGACACGAUCCACCAUCACCACCUGCCGGCUCACGACAAGGAGACGGCACCGGGAGACAACUCGGCCGCCGCCGAUGACGACGACGCCAUGUACCACCGCCUCAGCCCGCGCCGCAAGCGCAUACUGGUGGCCGUGUGCUCCUUUUGCGCCUUCCUCUCGCCGCAAUCCAGCACGAGCGUCCUGGCGGCCACGCCCGAGGUGGCGGCCGAGUACAAGACGACCGGGGCCGUCAUCAACGCCAGCAACGCGGGCUACAUGGUGCUCAUGGGCGUGUCGCCCAUCGUCUGGGGCCCUCUGAGCGACGUCUUCGGCCGGCGGCCCGUGCUGCUGCUGACGGCGGCGCUCUUCUUCCUGCUCAGCGCGGCGACGGCGCUGGCGCCGGGGCUGGUUGCUUUUUUCGUCUUUCGCGCGGCCACGGCGUUUGAGGGAACGGCGUUUAUACUGCUGGGCGCUGCCUGCAUAGGCGACACAUACCGCCCGACGGAGCGCGGGACGGCCAUUGGGUGGUUUCUGUCCGGCACGCUCAUCGGACCGGCAUUCGGGCCAUUCCUCGGCGGCAUCAUGGUGACAUACACGUCGUGGACGAGCAUAUUCUGGCUCCAGACGGCGCUGGCUGGCACGGCGGCGGUGGGCGUCUUCUUGCUGGUGCCCGAGACGAUCCACCGCAAGCGCAUAGCCGAGCUCGCGGGCCAGACGCGGCGGCAGAAGGCGGCGGCGGUGCUGGCCAUGGUGAACCCGGCGCGGCCGCUGCGGCUGUUCCGGCACUGGAACCAGGUGCUGGUGGCGUGCGGCAGCUCGGCGCUGGUGUGGAACAUGUACAGCCUGCUGACGCCGAUCCGGUACGUGCUCAACCCGCGCUUCCGGCUGCAGACGCCGCUGCUGUCGGGCCUCUUCUACCUGGCGCCGGGGAGCGGGUACCUGCUGGGCACGUUCGUGGGCGGGCGGUGGGCGGACCGGACGGUGCGGGCGUGGGUGCGGCGGCGCGGCGGGGUGCGGGUGGCCGAGGACCGGCUGCGGUCGGCGGUGCCGUUCAUGGGGGUGGUGAUGCCGGCGAGCAUCCUGGUCUACGGGUGGGCGGUGGACCGGCGGGUGGGCGGCAUCGCGGUGCCGGCGCUGGCGCUCUUCGUGCAGGGCGUGGGCCAGCUGUUCAGCUUCCCGUCGCUCAACACGUACUGCCUCGACGUGAUCCCCGGGCACGGCGCCGAGGUGACGGCGGCCAACUACUUUGUGCGGUACCUGGCCGGGUGCCUGGGCACGGCCGUGGUGCUGCCGGCCGUCGAGGGCGUCGGCGUCGGCUGGUUCGAGACCAUCUCGGCCGGGCUGCUGGUGGCGUCGACGGCGGGCGUCGUGGCGACGAUUCGGUGGGGGGAGGGAUGGAGGCAAGGGAGGAGGGCCGAGGGGAGGGAGGCGGCGGAGUGA